GCUUCGACGUACAAAAUAAAGAGCACAGCAACUUCGGAUUUCCACGCUCUCUCAAAGAACUCUCGCCACAGUAUGUUAGUUGCCUGAGUGAUAUACCGAGCUAGCUGCUAACAAAAGCCUGUGCUUUCUAAGGCUCUACCAGAAGGAGCCUCAAGCUGAUUGCACUAUGGAUCGCUAAGCUCAGCUCAAAGCAAGCUCAAGCAAAGUCUAGCUUUGGUUCACUUUCAACCCUCCCAAAAUCCCAAGCUCGCUUUCUCAUAUCGCCCAUACAAUCGAUACCUCGAUCCACUCACCGCCAGAAAAAAGACAACCUCCUCCCCACUCGCCGACGACCCGACAAGAUGACGCCCCCCCAGGCCCUGUUCCACACCCUCCUCCGGCCCAGCGUCCUCCAGAUCCUGCGCGCAAUGGGCUACCACAGCGCCAAGCCCACGGUGCUCGACUCGCUGACCGACCUCGCGGCGCGCUACCUCUCGGAGCUCUGCCACAUGACGGCCCUGUACGCGGCGCACAACGGGUCCGACUCGGCCGCGGGGCCCGACGUCGUCGACGUGCGCAUGGCCCUGCAGUACAUGGGCGCGCUGCUGCCGGAGCGGGCCGAGGAGGAGCAGGAGUUCCUCGGCGUCGAGGACACGCGGGGCGCCGACGAGUUCGUCGCCUGGGCCAGGGGCCCCGUCAACAAGGAGAUCAAGCGCGUCGCCCUGGAUGGGGUCGAGGAUGCGACUGAUUACCUUAACGGUGAGUGAUGGUCUAGGAGCAGCAGGGCGUAUAUACAUUCAAAAGUGCUGACUCGGGUUGCGUGUAGCGCUCAAGAAGAAGCACGGAAAGACAGACGACGAUUCAAAGUACGCCGGUACACUCCUCGGGAGGUGCAACGAACACGGUG